AUGGACGUAGACAAUAGUACAUUGGAUGGAAGUUUAGCAGAUAAUAAUUUUGGUGAUGCUAUUCUGGAUGAAGCACAAAUUGGUAAGGAUAUUUUUAAUGCUGAUGCACUAGACGGUGGGGACACAGUACUACAGUUUGAUGGACUAGACACAGAUGCAGCAGAUUUUAAUGCUCUAGAAAAUGAUGCAAUGUACAAUAAUGAAUUAGAAAACGGUAUAUUUGAAGAUGUCCCUCUAGAUGCAGAUGCAGGAAUUCUUGAUGCACCAGAAACGGAGACAUUCUUUAAUGAUGGAUUAGAAAGCGAUAUGUUAGAUAAUCCUAUGCCGACUGAUGAUAUGGUAUUAGAUCCAACACUGGAGGAAGGAAUUUUAUCACAGGAAUAUGUUGACGAUGGCAUGAUGAACCAAGGCAUUGGGGAAGAGGGUAUGUUACACGUAGACGAAAAUUUUAUAGAUCGUGAAAUACCAAACCAGGAUUUUAUGAAUGAGGAAAUCUUAGGUGAAGAAGUCAUGGAUCAUGAAAUGCUAGGUGAUCAACCCUUAGAUGAUGGAAUGCUAGGCGAUCAACCCUUAGAUGAUGCAAUGCUAGGCGAUCAACCCUUAGAUGAUGCAAUGCUAGGAGGAGAAAUGCAAGUUGAUGAAAUCCAAGCAAAUGAAAUGCCAACUGAGGGAACAAUAGAUGGUGAAUAUGGGGCUGGUGAAAUACCAGAAGACACAUACGUAGCUGAACCAAUUGAACCUGAAGAAAUUGUAGAUGCUCAUUUGGAAGAUAUGAAUGUGGAGAGUGUGGACCCAGAAACCAGCGACUAUGGAGAGAACUAUAAUUUGGACGAUGGUGUGGUAAAUACAGAAACCUUAGAAAGUGCUGAAAUGGAUAACAGCAAUGUUGUUGAUGACAGUAGUAGUAGUGUACCUAGUACUAGUAGUGCAUUAAGUGAUAAUGUACUAAGCAGAAGUGCAUUCAGUAGAGAUAUACUAGAUAGAGAUUUUCUUGCUAAAUUUGAAGAUAACAAUUUUUUUCAGAAAUUAAAAUCAAAUUAUAUGAACAUCUUCACACCCAGGGGUCUUAUAACAUUACUUCUUUCUAUUUUAAGUAUUGUCUUAUUUACCAUAACAUGCGCACAUUUUUUAAAGCAACUUACAACGAGCAGACAAAGUGUCGCAGUUAAAGAGGCACCAUUUAACAAGGUAACCGAUUUUUAUAGCAACACUCCAGAGGGAAUGGAAAGAUGGAAACAAAAUGAAUGGAAAAUAUGGAAACAGAAAUUAGAUAUCAACUGGUAUGAGUUUAACGAGGCUGUAGAAAAUGACAAACAAAAAUGGCUCGCAAAAAAAGACAAAGAGUGGGAAGAUUGGUUAAAAUAUAUGGAAAAAAAAUGGAUGCAUUAUAAUGAAAAUAUGGAUACAGAAUAUAAUUCAGAUCUUUUUGAAAAAUCUGCAGUGUGGGAUGACGAACAAUGGGAAGAUUGGAUAAGAACUGAAGGAGAACAAUUCAUGGAAUUAGAUUGGAGAAAAUGGAUGUAUGAAAAUAAAUUCGUUAUAGAUGAUUGGGCUACGAAUGAAUGGGCCAAAUGGAAAAAAGAGAAAAUCACAUCGUGGCUACUAACGGACUGGAAAAUUAAUGAACAAAAAUAUUGGGAAGAGUGGGAAAGUAAGACGUGGCAAAAAUGGAUAUUCUUAGAUGACAGAGAAAAUUGGAAUAAAUGGAAAGAAAGAAUACAAAGAGAGUGGGAAGAGUGGGUAAACUGGGUGCAGGAGAAGGAUGAUAUAUUUUUAAAUAAUAAACGUAAUGACUGGGCAAAAUGGAAUAAUGAUAGACGAGAAUUGUUUAAUGAAUGGAUGCAAAAUUUUAUUGAAGACUGGAUAAAUAAGAAACAAUGGAAAGUGUGGAACACAGAACGAUAUAAUUCACGUAAAAAAAACAAAUCUUAA